UCUGCCGAGGUCAUCGUGCAUAAUCGUCCCAUCCCAUGGCAGUUUCAGCAGCACAAAAAACCAGAAAUACCAAUCUAAUCCAUCCAUGAAGUUACGCCCAUCGAUUCGAUUCGAACCAAUUCUUCGACGAUCCUUCCUUCAAUCAUUUCCCCUUUGCGUAGAGUAGUAGUGAAGAACACCCAAUGUUUUCUCUUCUCUUCUCGAUCAAAUUGAAUAUGCAGACAGACAUUCACAGACUAUCCAGAUUUUGCAAGACGACGCCGAUGCGUGAAAAGACGGAAUUGCCCUUGCCGUUCUGCGUGCCAUGCCGCUGUACAGAGAGAGAGACAAAAUGCACGCAAUUCAAAGCUCCUUCUGCGCGUGAACCGUACAUUCUGUUCGCUAUAAAUCCCAUUCAUUGCAUCUUUAUUUUCAGAUUUUGCAAACCCCACUUUAAGCUUUCUUUUACUACACCACAUUCGGGUAGAACAGAAAUCGAAUCGCAAGAAAGUUGAGAAGAGAAAUGGAAGUGGGAGGUGUAGAAGGGAAUGGGGGAGGGGAAUUCGUUGAGGGUUUCGAUUUCUUGAUUGUGAGGGAUGAAAAUGGUGGGGUUUUCGAUUUGUUCAAGUUCUUGGCGUGGAAUGAUGCCCAGAGUGGGGCGAAGUUUCUAGUGGGGGGUGGGGGUGGGGGUGGGUGGUCUGGGGAGGAGCUGAUUUCUGGGGGUGGGGGUGAUCAUAGGUGGGUGAUAGUUGUGUCGAUCAUAGUGAGAAAAAUCAUAAAGAUUUUUGGGAAGCCCAUGGAGUGGAUGGGAUGUGCUUUGGAGUUUGUUCUGAAUCUUUUAUCACUCAAUGGCAAUUUUCUUGGUUUGCUGAAUCGAUUUCUUCAUGGUAUGUAUGUAUGGACUGUGGUGAUGCCCAAGAGAGGUUCCGAGACAUUCAUAAGCGCUAUCGGGCAUUUAGACAGCCGGAUAGACUUGUUUGAUGUUAAGACAUUGUCUACCCAGCCUGAGUUCGAGGACAAAAAAUGGCAACUCGAAUUGGGAAGUCGCGCGCUAAUGGACCUUUGUAUGAUGGCCUCCAAAUUAGCAUACGAGAACGCUAAGGUUGUUAGAAACGUCGUUGAUCUUCAUUGGAAGAUGCAUUUUGUGGGCUUCUACAACUGUUGGAACGAUUAUCAAAAAGAACAGUCGACGCAAGUUUUUGUUGCGUGCGAUAAGCCUAAAGACGCGAAUUUGAUCAUCGUCAGCUUCAGGGGCACCGAGCCAUUCGACGCCGAUGAUUGGAUCACCGACUUCGACUACUCAUGGUACGAGAUACCAAAUCUCGGGAAAGUCCAUAUGGGCUUUCUAGAGGCGCUCGGGUUGGGGAGUCGAGCAAAAACCUCGACAUUCUUGGAGCAUCUUCAGCCCCAAAACGCCGGACCUUCUAACGGCAUCAAGAAGCAGACAAAUUCAGACAACCCCGACGAGGCGGUUGUACCCGUAAUGAGGGAGAUGACGGCGUACUAUACGGUCAGAAGUAAGCUGAAGGAACUGAUCAAAGAGCACGAGAACGCGAAAUUUGUCGUCACGGGGCAUAGCUUAGGCGGCGCUCUUGCGAUACUUUUCCCGACUGUGUUAGUGCUUCACGACGAGGCGGAGCUUAUGCAGAGGUUGUUGGGAGUUUACACUUUCGGACAACCUCGAGUCGGGAACAGACAGCUCGGGAGUUACAUGGAAGCCCAUCUCGAACAUCCUCAGAAGAAAUACUUCCGCGUCGUGUACUGUAAUGACCUCGUCCCGAGGCUGCCUUACGACAACAAAACGUUCUUGUACAAACACUUCGGCGCUUGCCUCUAUUACAACAGCCUCUAUGUCGAGAAGAAUGUCGAUGAAGAACCGAACAGGAAUUUUGGGCUGUGGUACUUGAUCCCGGCAGCGUAUGCGAAUGCCGCGUGGGAGAUGUUGAGGGGAUUUUUGAUCGGAUAUAUUUACGGUCCCGGUUUUACGGAAUGCUGGGAGUCAAUUAUGCUGAGGGUGGUUGGGCUGGCGAUCCCGGGGCUGUCUGCGCAUAGCCCGGUCGAUUAUGUGAACUCGAUUCGGCUUGGCCGGAUGGAUGAAGGGCCGGAGAUGAUGUCCUUAUAGAACAACCUCGCAUACCAAGAUUACAACAAGGUAUAUGUCAAUGGCUGCUUUUGUUGUGUUUCUUUAUUGCAGUGUAGCUUGAAGUUGUUCUAUUCUUGUUGAUGGUUUUUGUUGUGCCGUUGAAAUAAAAGACUGUGUGUUUUAGACGGGCGGAA